CUAGCGCAAAGGGAAGGGAGUUAAUAGUGCGGGACCCCUAGCUACAGAUGCACUUAGUUGAUACACCACAGACUCAUUUUGGUGGCGGCGGCGGGAUUUUCCAGUGAAUAAGCAUCUGCUUUGGUAUUACUCCUUAAUGUUCAGACGUCCAGCUUAGCUAUUUCCGUUAGUUUUAUAUCAUGCAUGCUAGUUUACGUAGAUUUUGGUGAGCCACGUCGUGAUUUUAUUUCUGUUUUGCUUUUACAUUUCAUGUGUUUUACAAAUUUUCAGGGUAGUAGUCUUUGUAUUUUAUCGAGAGCUUGGCAAUUUGUCUUUUUCAGUACCUUUACCCCCUUUCUUUCAGAGUUUGAUUUCGUACUUUUAACAAUUAAUCGCCAGCUCGCCCAGUUUAGGUGUUCUUGUGGCUCACUUAGUUAGGAACUCUUUUAUUUUCUCUUGUGCAUUUCUUUCUUAACCCGCUCUCCCCAAGACAGCUUCAAGGCCUUGGCUGCAAUUCAGCAGUGUUUGAUAAUAGUGUAUGGAAUCGUGUUCAGUGUUUGUCGUUUCGAGUGGAUUUUCCUGUGUUGUGUUUUACGGCAAUGGUAAAGUGUAGGGGUCUUCUUUGUUUGCUAAGCAGCUGAAUGUGUGCCGUCUAGGUCUGUACCAAUAUGACCAGAGACCAGGAGAGAAGAAGAAACGAAAGGUUCCAGCAGCGCAGAAACCUCCGAUCCAACAGCCAGCCCAGUUCCCGUGAUCCAUCUCCUGCAGGCGCAGCUUCAGAGCUUCAUCUCCUGCCUGUGGUCGCUGGUGGCUCCAACCCAGAAGUAAGACAAGCAGUUCAAGUGAUGGCGACCGAAAUCACGAUGUUUAGGGAAGUGCUGGAUAGGGUAAAUGCCCUGGUUGAUGAAAUUCGGGAAUACAAAGAGCAGAACAAUCAACUCGAUGCACGGCUCCAGCGACAGGAAGAAAAUCUCAGGGAGAAAGAAGUUGCAGACGUGGAAACUCGGAGGAGACAAGCUGAGGAGCGUGUGGAAGAUGAGCGGCAACAGCAGGAUGCAUUGGCAGAGAGGGAUGAACAGAUCCGACAACUUCAUCAACAGCUUCAAGAAAGGAACGGGGAGCUGGAUAAUGCACGACGCCCCCAGCGAGAAAUCCAGCCAACUGAACAAGAGAGGAUGAAUGUAGGACGCCAGCAGAGGGAAGCCGUAGAUGACCGGGACCAGCAAAUUCAGCAGCUUCGGAAUCAGCUUCAGGAAAGAGAAGGUGAACUGACAGAACUUCGCCGUAACCAGAAUACGGCAACAACUCCUUCCCAGCGACAGCGUAGUACAGGAGACCUGAAUAGCAGAAUCUCCUGUGGCCGCCAUACAUCUACCCUGGCAGAUUUCCAUCUACCUCGCGAACCACCGCAACCUCUCCCACGUAGCAGAGCCCAAACUCCUGAGCCUGUGUGUCGCCUCCCAUUGCUUCAGCCUCAUCCACAACAGCAUUUGCGGCAAGUUUCACCACAGCUGCCAAUACCUGAAGUCGGAAGACGUUCUACUGACCAGAUGCCACACUGCAGGGAUUGCACUAGUCUCCGCUGCCCAUCUGCACAAACCUCCAGCACAGCCCCAGUGUCCUACGUAUUCACCAAGGAGAAGGUCCCUCUUUUUAAGGGUGAUGCAACUGCUUCGCAGCCACUUAAAAAGAACCAGGAGAUUGAGGGGUGGAUACGAGCCAUAGAGAAUGUAGUGAAACCAUCCACCUCAGAGGCCUACAUUCAAGCAGUUCGGGCCAAUUGCCGAGGGCCUGCUGAGCUGAUUAUAAACUCUCCUCUCUUUGACCACAUUAGGGAAUGGGAAACCUUCAAAGCAGCCUUACGGAGUAAAUUUCGUGGGACCUACACUGCGGCAGAUUUUUAUAAGGUCCUUUAUGAAAAUCGAAUGACACCAGGACAAGCCCCCAUGGAUUACUUCCUCCAGCUUGAAGGAAGUGUCUAUCAAGGAUACCGCGACCAUCGCGAGGCGAUCGGAGAUCCAGCAGAGCUUGUCAGGAGAAUUUUCCUUAGUGGUAUUCCAUCUUGGCUUCGGGACUUUCUUGCCCUUAAGGAGGAUGGGAGUCCAACUCAAAUUGCUGAAGCAGCUCAGCGAAUUUGGAAUUCGCGCAAUGGGAUCAGGCAUAGUGAAAGUUCCUCAUCACAAGAAUUUCAGCGCUCACCUGACCGUCCUCCACGUGUACGUGAUCACUAUGCCAUGCCUAUAUCGGUCGAUAGUCCAGUUUCGGCCUUCCCAGUAGCUGUCCAAGGAAAGUGGUGCAGUUAUCACCAAGUCGCCACCCACAAUUCGUCAGACUGUCGUGCCCUGUCUACAACCAACUCCAGUGCCCAACCUUCAUCCAAUCGCCUGUGUUACCAGUGCAAGCGACCAGGGCACUUUGCCAGAGACUGUCCCUUUCAACCAUGCCAGGGCGACAGUGCUCCCAGAGCCACUGGCAGAACCAGCCCGGGGAGCUACCAACACUCAAGCGGUGGCCACCAGAACAAUAGCCACAGUGACGUCUCCAGGACCUGUUGGACGACCACUCGUGGCACUCAAUGUUGAGGAAGCCACUGCUUUGUGCUUCAUCGACACAGGUUCAGAGGUGACAAUUAUCAAACCCAGGGCCCUUCGGCUGAUUGAUCCACAUGGUUUUGUACGCCAGAGGGAUGCUGCACG